CCACUAAGCACCCCUAAUGGCGUCAUCGAUUAAUUGCAUCGCCCGCCCCUAAUUAACUCGAAGGUCGGGCCCACCGUCCCGUUAGAGCGACGAGCAGGCCCCGGAUUUAACCGCCCAUCGUCCUCCUCCGCCGCCUCACUCUCCUCCUGCUCCGUUCCCAUUCCGCCUCCCCCGUUUCGUCCCUCCCCUGCUCGGCGCGACCCAGAGAUCUGUCGCUGGCUACCUCCUCCGCGCCGGGUCGCGCUCUCGGAUCCGCCAUUCCCCAUUCCGCUCCGGGUUUGGCUUUGGCCCCGUUUGGGUUCUUGGCUCGGCUGUUCUUGGCCCUGGGUCGUUCUCGCGGUUUGCGGAUCUUGCCCCAGGCUGGGAUGGCCGGGGUUUGAUCGGGUUGGAGCCUAGAGGCGCGGUGCCAUUGGCCAUUUCUGGAGGAAUCAGCUACUCGAUUCCUUCGGUUGCUCUGGUUCUUGCUAUAGAGCAGGAAAUCUCCCGAUUGUUCUUUUUGUCGUGUUUCAAUCGCCUUGGUAGCUUGUCCCUAAAUCGCAAGAUCCAGUUCGCCGGGCGUUUUCGUCGUUCCUAAUUUGAAGGAGACUGUCUCCAUCAAUCGCUCUCAAUCUCUUCUUCUUUUUCCCUUGGAGGAAAAAAAAUCUGAUCUCUGCCCCCCACCAAACCACGCACCCAAGAUCCGCUGCAUUGGCCGCGAGCUGCUCGCAUUCUGCGAAUCCUAGUCCAAGAGGCAGGUGCGGCAGCCGCUGGCCGGAGAUGAUGUCGCCGGCGACGGCGUACACCUCGCCGUUUGUGCUCUCCGUGCUCCUGCUCGUCUCCAUCCCGGUCGUCUUCCUCCUCGGGCCUCGCCUCCUCCCGCCCAAGAUGCUCCCUGCCAUCCCGGACGCCGACGAGUCGGAUGACCUCGCCCUCUUCCGCCGCGCCAUCCUCUCCUCCUCCUCGGCAACUCCGAUGCCCUCCGCGGCCUCCUACUUCUUCCGACGCCGCCCCGCUCCCAAGGUCGCCUUCCUCUUCCUCACAAACUCGGACCUCGUCUUCUCCCCGCUCUGGGAGAAGUUCUUCCGCGGCCACCACCACCUCUUCAACCUCUACGUCCACGCCGACCCCUACUCCGUCCUCGAGCUGCCGCCCACGCCCUCCUUCCGCGGCCGCUUCGUCCCCGCCAAGGCCACGCAGCGUGCCUCCCCCACUCUCAUCUCCGCCGCACGCCGCCUCCUCGCCACCGCGCUCCUCGACGACCCCUCCAACCAGUUCUUUGCGCUCCUGUCGCAGUCCUGCAUCCCGCUCCACCCUUUCCCCACUCUCUACAACGCACUCCUCUCUGACAAUGCCGGCCCUCAUGGCCGCCACCGCAGCUUCAUAGAUAUAAUGGACAACAUGGACAACGAUGCCACGCUGCUGCACGACAGGUACUAUGCCCGAGGUGAUGAUGUGAUGCUCCCGGAGGUGCCAUAUGAUCAGUUCCGUGCCGGGUCGCAGUUCUUUGUGCUGACCAGGAGGCAUGCCAUCAUGGUUGUGAGGGAUAUGAGGCUGUGGAAGAAAUUCAAGCAGCCCUGUCUGAUCAAGCGCAGGGAUUCAUGCUACCCGGAGGAGCAUUACUUCCCCACGUUGCUGGAUAUGCAGGAUCCUGAGGGUUGCACCAAGUAUACCUUGACAAGGGUAAACUGGACGGAUUCAGUUGCGGGCCACCCACACAUGUACCAGCCUGGUGAGGUAUCGGCACACCUGAUCAGGGAGCUGAGGAAGUCGAAUGGAACAUAUUCAUACAUGUUUGCUCGCAAGUUUGCCCCUGAGUGCCUUGAGCCGCUGAUGGAGAUUGCAGACUCAGUCAUCCUACGUGACUAGGCCAUCAGCAACCCCCAUUUGGGGGUGUUGGAGUUUGUACACUGAGAUGAAUUGAGACAUUUCCUUCGUUUGGUAGUUGUUUCUGUGUGUAGUGGAAGAAAUUCUCAUGAGGGCCCUACACCACAACCGUUGCAUUAUGAUCUAAGUCACAAGCAGGUCAUGCUAGAUUUAAUGUACAUUGAUAUUCCUUACUGUCUGUUUCUUUAUUCUGUCAAACCUGCAAUGCCUUGUAUUGUGAUCUCAGUAAGAGAAUACAUUUUUGUGGCUGAUACUUCAGUCGUUCAUAUGCUAGAUCCAAUGCAAUGUUCAUUGUUACGACCUAUGGAAAUCCUUACCGUCUAUUUCUUGAUUCUUUUGAAUCUUUGCUCAUGUAAUUUGCUCGACCACAUUGUAAUGCACUGUCAAUGCUUCCAUGGUUCUGCGGAACUUGCUAUUCUUGUUUCAGGUAUCGAAGAAUGUUAAGCGCAAUGCAAUUUUGCUUUCACUCCAGGGCUGUGAUCGGAUGGAGAAACAAGAAGUUGUCCAUCUCUGCUCUCCAAAACCUUCUUGAGGAACAACGUAUGCCCUUCUUGCCCAGUUUAUUACCUGGAGACGUGGUGCUGCUCGGAGAGUAUGGCAUGGCUACAAAUUGUCUAUGUGAGUACACUGUUGGAACGUGACACUUUGUUGGCAAGUAAUAGUGCAGUAGUUAGUGCAAUCAUCCUAUGUGUUACAUGGAGGCACACUGUCAAUACGAUGGAUUGUAAAUUCUGUUGAAUAUAUACCAAUCAUGCAGCUUACUGUAAUCCUCUUUUGAUGGUUUAGCCUGUGCUAAUGCCAUGGUGUUGUUGCCUUGUUUUUUUAA